AUGACCCACAGCGAAGAAUAUGACUCCCUUCUCAGACAGUACCGGGAUCUAGGGAGUGAGUUUGAGCAUUUAUGUUACUCUUCGCGUAACGAGGUGCAAAGACUGACGGAUAUUGUUGAAACUCUUGAGGAACGCGUGCGCUCUCUCGAGGCCGAAAACCAGGCUCUCCGACAACAGCUCCAGACGCGCUACCGUCAGCCAAAAAUUCUUGGCACUGGAGGCUUUGGCACUGUCUACGAGGGACAGCUCGAAGGACGUGUUGUCGCGGUCAAGCGGCAGAAAAUUGAUGAACAUACAAGAACGAAAAUCCAACGCGAAAUCGAUGUACUUCGCCAUUAUGAACACAAGAAUAUCUGCCGCUAUUUAUACAGUAAAUACGAGAUGAUAGACGGCCAUUGGCACUUAGAUAUUUUCAUGAAGAAGUACGAUUUGGAUUUAGCAAAGUUGAUCCGUGACGAGACUCCAACCGCAGAAGAAAAACGUAAAUUACUCAAAGAAAUCGUAGACGGAAUCCAGUAUCUUCACUCCUCGCACUCGAAAAAAGAAAAAAUUAUCCAUCGCGAUUUGAAGCCAGAAAAUAUCCUCAUUCAGAGGGAAAACAAUGGCUAUUCUUGCGCACUAUCAGACUUUGCUUUGAGUAAAAUCACAAAAUCUGAUGACACCAUCGCGAAGGCAACUUCUCACACCUCCUACUGUGGUACUCUCGCUUAUAGCGCGCCUGAAACCCUCUCGAAUAGCGGCGGAAAGUUUCAGAAAGCCAACGAAAAGUCGGAUAUCUAUUCUUUGGGUCUGGUUAUUUACUUCGUGCUGACUGACGGGGGCCAUCCGUUCGGAAAUGAAUGGUACAAAAUUCCACUGGAAGAGCCGUCGCUAGAAGCCGUCAUGGAUUCCAUUUUCAAGCAACUCCUCGAGACUAUGUUAAAAAACGAUCUCACCGAGCGAAUAAGCGUCGAAGCCAUUACCAAGCAUCCCGCUUUCUUCAACGAGAUCGAGAAGCUCGAUUAUAUUGAGAAGUGCUACGAUUUACUCAAGAAUGCAGAUGAAAAUGCUAUCCUAUGCAUGGACUAUCAGUUUGACGAGCUAGACUGGCGCGACCAAAUUUGCAAGCAUCUUCGAAGACAACACCUUGGCCACGCAAAAAAAGGAAAGAUCGUUGACGCCUAUCAACGCACCUUUAUCGACUUGGUGAAAGCUAUCCGCAACAAAUCAGCACAUUUUACCGAAUUUUGCGAGAAAGAAAUCGCCAAUGCAGAAACGCCGACUGUGUUUUCAUCGAGUCCGCUUAUUAAAGAAUCCUUCUGCAAGUAUUGGCUCGACAAGUUUCCGCAAAUAAUUCCAAUUUUGUACUCGUUUCUGUCAAUAUCCUUCCCAACUAGCGAAAAGGGGAAUAGAAACUUUCUUACAGAGCUUUACGGAACCCGUGAAGAUCUCGAAAUCGUCCAGAAGUUUUGCUUCAAAUCAUUUUCAACUCAAGGAAUUCAACGAAUCUCUGAGAAAGAAACCAGUGCAGUCGUUCAGAAUCUCCUUGAGAAUAAAAUAUGCGUGAUCGGCUCAUCAAGCACAUCAUUCGAGCUAAAAUUGAAGAGUUCCAGCAAUGUCACCAAAGAGAUCGUUCGAGAGAAAGAAAAAGUCUCAGCAUUUGACUUUCGUUGCGCUGAAAACUGUCAGAUCGCGUUCGGCUACGAGAGUGGCCUCACUUGCAUUUAUGAUUUUGACGGAAGUUAUAUACUCCAUUUGAAAGGAACCAACGGAGAAUCUUCUCACACAGAAAAAGUUCUCACAAUUAGAUGGUCUCCAGAUGGUUGUUUAGUGGCGUCUGGUGGAAAGGAUGGACGCAUUUGCGUUUGGGAUCGAAAAAAUGGCAAAUACGGCUUUAUAAAAUCCACUCAGAUCAAUGUUGAAGGCUACGCAAAAGAUAUCCACUGGUGCUCCUCGAGACAAUUCAUUAUUUCAGUUGGAAGUUUCACGAUUAUACAAAUCUCUGUUUUCUUGAAUGCAAACGGCGAUGGAGCAAGCGAUCUCUUCUCUUUUAAGAAAGUCGACCUUCGUUCGACAGAACCUCAUUCUAUAUGCCCGGUUGUCGACGAGUUUCAGAAUCUCUCAGACAAAGUUGACAGGACAAGUCUUGACAUUUCUAGUGGUUUAUUGGCUUCCCUCUCGCAGAAUGGCAAUAUUCACGUUUGGAGUCUGUCAGAUCAAACUAAUGAACCAAUUAUUCAUCUUACACUACCUCCAUUUCAAAGCUGCUGCACUAACUCGAAAAGCCCGAAACAGGGUAUCCUCUGGAAAUCCUUUCCUUCUUCAAAGAUCAUUUACCUUGCAUCAAUAUCAAACUGUAGUCUUCGGCUUUGGAUGUUUGAAGAUAAAGAUUCUUUUUCUCCAGAAAAUAUAUUGACCUUCUCUGCUCCUGAUUCAAGUUCCCCUAUUUCGGCGUAUUCAUUCUCGCCAUGUGUUCGUUAUUUCGUUUUCUCCCAUAACUUUUCUGUAUUUAUUAUUUUCCUGAAAGCAGCAGAUCUGCAACCUAUUGAGCUUUUUACUUCACCUGAGCGUAUGCGCAUCGAUGGAUUCGAAUGGCAUACAAGCUCUACUAAACUAUACUUCUGGGGUAAGAAAGGCGCUUUUCUCAUUGACCUCCUGGCGCAAGCGACGUUUUUCAACGCCCAUAUCAACUAUUAA